AAUCAGGGCACUGAAACACAAACAGUGGCCGAAGCUAUGCAACAUGGCGCCUGAAACGUAGUCGAUGUAUCCGAGUUUAUGACACAAGAGCGCUAGUUAUAAAAUAACCUUGCUAGUCGGGUGCAGUUAUCGAUGGAGAGGAGGAGGAGGCUCGGUAAACCAGCGCUGCUGCCACAGGGAUGCACGAGGACACGCACAGGCACAUGUUAGCCUGGAGUGGUUGACCCAAACGCUCUCUAUUCAAGCCAGCAUCCGCAGGCUGACCGGAGCGUGCACCUGAGAGCCCUUACUGUCCAAAUUUGGUCCUGGCAUACACUGACAGCAAUGUCAGGUGGUAUUGACUGUUAGAGAAGCGGAGCUUGUCUAGUGGUUCCUGUUUCCAUGGAGUCGAAGGAUAUAAAGCAGGAAGAAGAUCCUGUUGCUUUGGGCUUGUUGACUCACCAAGCUCUGAGGAAGCUCAGAGAUCAGCUAAGCAACCAAAUAGACCAGCACCAGAAAACAACAUGCAAACGGACCUCUGUAAAGGAGCAGUGGCUGAAUAGCUUCCUUUACCAUGGUAACCGCCAUUCUUGUCUCCACUGGCCAGGAGCUGCUCUGACUCUGCUCGUGGCCUUCGGAUUCUUGUGUUGCUAUGGCAGUCAGCCAAAGGGCAGUUCUGGUAGUGAGCUGGUGAAUGCUACAGCCCUGGUCAUCAUUUUGGUGUUGAAUCUGAUGUUGGUCAGAAGACAGGAGAUUCUUAAGAAGAGUGAGAUGGUUUGGCGUCUAAAAGGCAUUGUCACACAGCUCAGUGAUUAUCUAUCUGGGUAUGCUGGUGAAGUGAGGUGGACCCCUUGUCUUUACCCUGAUCUGUACACACCCUCGUCACCAUCGUGGUCCCUUCACUGGACAUACCGUGACUCCCAGUUGGUUAAUCUACCUGUCAGUCUGCUUGUGGAAGGAGAUAUAAUUGUUCUCAGACCUGGGCAAGAAGCAUUUGCAUCUCUAAGAGGAAUAAAGGAUGAUGAACACAUUGUUUUGGAACCUGGAGAUUUGUUCCCCCCAUCCUCUCCAUCUCCUACUCCACGAGCAAAGGAGAAAAUAGGACCCCAAAGUCCACAACAACAUCGCCUCUUCAGAGUUGUCAGGACUCCUGUUAUAGACAUAGUGAGGAGUAGUUUAGAAUUCGCUGGAUCCCGGCCAGUUACAGUGCUCGACAAUGAGCGGUUUACAGUACAGUGUAUCAUCACUAAGCUUGUCUGUCCUGUUGUGUUGAUUACAUUCCUGGUUGUAAACUCCAUACGCUACUUUUGUGACGCGCCCAACCUCACCCCUAACUUCUACAAUUUUUUGCAACUUCAGUUGAUGGGUGUUCUGCCAGUUUUACCCCUGCUAUUCCCUGUCAUGUGGGUGUUGGUCAACGCUUUUGGCGAGGCAAGGGUCCUAGCUGAGUUCAGCCACGCAUCCCCAGCAGGACUGCUUGCUAAAUUCUCCGAGGACACUUUAAGCAGCUACACUGAAGUGGUUUCCUCCCAGGAGAUGAUGCUUUGUGUAUGGAGACACCUAGUGGGUGUCCUGAAGGGAGAGUCUCAGACUCUUUGCUACACCUCCAGCCUUUUGCACACUCUUGGGUCUGUCACUGUAUUGUGUUGUGUGGACAAACAGGGCAUUCUGUCAUGGCCCAAUCCAAGCCCAGAGACAGUACUGUUCUUCAGCGGAAGAGUUGAACCACCACACAAUAGCCAGGAGGAUCUAAUGGAUGGCCUAUCAGUCAAUUCCUACUGCAAAAUGGAGAUAGAUGAAGACAGGGAUGAGACACAGGAGGAGGAAGCUCUCCUCUCUCUACCAGAGGAGCCCACUACUCAACAUGGGGAUAUACCUGAGGCCACUCAGACUUUGCAUGAUACAGCUCAUUUAACAGAGACAGUAACGCAUUGGCGGUCCAGCCAAUCUGUAAAUACUCGCAACAAACACAAUUCUGGGGCCAAUGGGAACUUGAGAGUCGAAGACCAAGCUCAGGACUUUCUCAUGAAUUACCAGGAAGCUGAGGCAGACGAUUAUGUGUGUGACUAUCACCUGGAAAUGUUGAGUCUGUCACAAGAGCAGCAAAAUCCUGCAAGCAUUCAGUUUGAUGACCUGUCGUGGCAGUGUCACUUGCCUUCGCUGAAGCCGCUCGGUCUCAAUAUAAUGCUGAACCUCUGCAACAAUAAUGUCACUCAGCAGCUGUGCCGCUUCUCUGAUCAUUUGUCUAACUUGGCACUGCAAGACAGCCAUGACAAUGUGCAACCUGUUUACGUUCCAUGGGGGCUCUGCGAGCUCUCCAGGCUCAUCGGGUUCACUCCUGGUGCAAGGGAGAUGUAUAAGCAAGAGAGCCACUUGGCAGUUUACCAGCUGCCGACUGGGGAGAAUGCCAAAGAUGUGCCUGCACGCCGCUUGCAUUACUUUACUAAACGCCAACCUCCAAUCUCUCAUUUGAUCUCCCUUUUUGUACGAGAUGCUUCCUCAGAAAGUGUCCAAAUGCUGUCACAUGGCUCAGCGGACCUCAUCUUGGAGGCCAGCACUGACUUUUGGGAUGGCACUGAUAUUUAUCCACUUUCAGGCUCUGACAGAAAAAAGAUUCUAGACUUCUACCAACGUGCCUGUCUGUCUGGUUACUGCUCAGCUUUUGCGUAUAAACCCAUGCAAGGUUCAAUAUCCAGCCAGUUGAAUGGCAAGUGUGUGGAGUUGGUCUCUGGUCCAUGUCUAUUCUCAGGGCUGGAGCUGUCCUUAACCACCCCUAAGAAGCUUACUUCCAGCAGAAACAGUUGGAGCUCAGACGAAGGUAUAGGUGAAAUAAUGGAAUGUGACGAUGAUGUUCAAGCCCUUAGCGGACAGAUCUUCAUGGGCAUGGUUUCAUCCCAGUUCCAGGCCCGGCUGGAUACAGUCCAACUAAUUGAUGCACUGAUCACAGCAUGCAUUCGAUUUGUUUACUUUUCCAUGGAGGAUGAACUCCGUAGCAAGGUUUUUGCGGAGAAAAUGGGAUUAGAGACAGGUUGGAACUGUCAUAUCUCGCUGACUUCGAAUGGUGAUGGUCCAUGCGAAGGAGCUCCCUCCAGCCCCUGCCAUGGCUCUUUCCAUGAAGACCUUAACCAAGCAGAUUCUCGGGAUGAAGCAGAAGGUCCAUUGCUGCCAGAGGAGGAGGUCCAUUUGGACAUGGCCAGUUUCCAGCCCACAGAUAGUGAUGUGCCCAGCUUCCUGGAAGACUGCAACCGGGCAAAGCUUCCACGUGGCGUUCACCAAGUUCGACCUCAUUUAAAGAACAUAGACAACGUGCCUCUAUUGGUGCCACUCUUCACUGACUGCACGCCUGACACUAUGUGUGAAAUGAUAAAGAUCAUGCAGGAGAACAGGGAAGUCACUUGCUGUUUGGGAAGCGCCGCCAAUUUUCGCAACAGCCGCCUUUUCUUGCAGAGUGACCUCAGUAUAGCUCUAGAUCCUCUGUACCCCUCCCAGUGUUCAUGGGAAACAUUGAGUUAUGCCACCAAGGGUGCGUUCAACAGGAGCACUGAAGGUCUUUCCCCUUUGAGACUCUCAGGGCAACUUAACUGUCUCGGAUGUGCUGUGACUUUUCACCAAGGAGAAAGUGUCAGCAUGACCAAGCUCAUUGAGCAGGCACGACAUACAACAUACGGCAUCCGCAAAUGUUUCCUCUUUCUGCUACAGUGCCAGCUCAGUCUGGUCAUCAUACAGUUUUUAGCCUGUUUAGCUCAGCUCCCUCCGCCCAUGAACACCACAGACAUUCUCUGGCUCUCCUGCUUCAGCUGCCCACUGCUAAGCCUGUCACUUCUGGGAAAGCCUCCAGAUAGCUCAGUAAUGACUGUUGCCACCGGGAAGAACCUUGAUGGCAUUCCAAAGAAGACUCAAAACUACUUCCUUGGCUGUUUUGUUUUGAAGUUUGGCCUGACAAUUUGUGCCUAUUUAUUGGCCUUUGGAUUCACACUUCAAGAGGUCUGUCAAAGCGCGAACUUAACCACAUUUGAUAACGCCACUGGAAAUUGCCUUCAUAUCCUUACAGCCAGCUCCUCAAACCAUGCUCCUCGUUGGUUCAGUGAUCUGUCGAAUGGGUUGUUGCUGACACAAAAGGUCAUGACAGGCUUCCUGGUCUUACAUACAGUGGUCAUCUCACUCUGCUAUGUCCACCGUUCUCAGUCUCUGUGGCGAAAGAGUCCUUUCAGCAAUUCCUGGUGGUGUGUCACUGUACCUGUGGUUCUUGUAAGUCAGAUUGUCCAGGCCACCGUGGAUUACCAGUUGUGGCAUGACCAGGGCACUUCUCUGAACUUUGGUCUCAGUGACAUACCUCUGCUCGGCUGGCUGUUGGUCUCUCUGUCCCUUCUCCUGGUGGUUGUGGUCAAUGAGGUGGUGAAGCUACAUGAGAUAAGAGUGCGAGUUCGCUACCAGAAGAGACAGAAACUACAGUUUGAAACAAAGCUUGGAAUGAACUCUCCAUUCUGAUCAAAGACUUUUUCGAAAAUCACCGGGCAAUCCUUGAUUAGCCAAAGAAGGGCCAUUACCACUUUUAAGCAAUUCAGUUAAUAUCAGUUGGACCAGACAUCAACAAGUGUGGUUUUAAAGGCCUCAGGACCCUGGCAGCAUAUUCGAACUGUAUGCAAAAGGUAUCAUGUUUGUCAUCUGAUUCGAAUGAGUUUAAGUCCAAGACAUUGUUGUCCUAGACGUUUUUUGGUGAACGUGAACUCUUUUAUAAGUCACUUUUUUUUUUCACCAAGGUAUUCUGAAAUGGAAUCAUGAAAGCAAAUUAUUGGAUAUGAGCUGAUCAAUCCAAGACACUAUUUGUGGUAAUCAGACACGGACAGUGUGUGGAGAUACAUACAUUGAUGAUUAAAUCUACAUAAAAGCAAAAAUAUGCAGGCCCUUGCAAAGUUUUUUAAAACGGCACCUUCUAAACAAUCAUCUAGAAUCGAUGCCAUGAUGUCCCGGACAGGUGUCAGCAACCCGUGGCUCCAGAGCUACAUGCAGCUCCUUGAACCCUCUGAUAUGGUUCAUUUUUAUAUUGAAUAAAUGUAUAUUUGAUGCACUUUUAUUCUGCCGCUUGCAAGACUUAACAAAGAAGUUUUUUUUUUUUCCCUAAUAAGCAGAUCAAGUCUGUAGUAGUUGUAGUGUGUUUGUGAACAGAACACUUAAAUAUGUCAUGAAUUCACCAUUUACGUAAAGUCACGGUUGCUACUCGGAAUGUGUGUCAACAACUCUUUGUGCCUUUCACAGGCGCAGACUUGUGGGUACAUCUUCCCAAUGGUAACCGUGACUUGAUUGUCCUGUGAAUGAAUGGGUGAAAAGUGAGGACUACUUCUGCUCACCUUAAGGAGGUUCAACUCCUUUGUGAAGUCAAAUAUGAAUCACAGAAAAUAUAUAUGGUGGAAAAAACACAAGGCUGAAAAAGCAGUUUCUGCUCUUGCACCCCUCUUUAAAAUAAACUGCUGUAUUUUAAGCCAAAAGAAGUCUUGUGUUUGAUAGAACGAUAUGUCUAUAUGCUGCCGUAGCAGUUUCGUAAUGCAUUUUGCCCCCGGACUAAUUUUAAUUUGUCAGUUUUACCCUGGAGACCCCUGUUUACAGACACUGUGCAACAGCUUUUGUUUCAACCAGCCAUAAAAAGAAGUAAUUAGUGCCCGAGCACCAACAGGCGCGCAAGGCCCUGUUGUUUUGCAAAGGAUUAUUAUUAUUAUUGCACAUACAUGCAGCUUCGCGUAAAUUUCAAUAAUUUUGCAACAUUGCAAAAAAAAAUUCACAAAAUGGCUCAGUGGCGCCCCCUACAAUUUUUAAAAAAGGUCUCUCCAUUAAGGGUUUUUCAACGUAGAGCGAUGAAAUUUGGGGAGUCGAUACGUUGUGCAAAACUGCUUCCAAAAGUCCUUGCACCCAUAUUGCAAACCCAACAGGAAAUCCGGUAUUUUGGAUUGAAUGUUGAAAAACAUGCAAUUUUAAGCGGAAACCAGCGUGCACGUUUGAGACCUUUGGUGAGACUGUUCAUGAGACAUAUGAGAUAUUAAGUUUUGAAAAUGGUGAAUUUUUAUUCAUGGGCCUGAUCUGGGCAGGGUACCAAAGUCGGGCGUUUUUUUUUUGGGGCAAUACGCCAAUUCAGUAAAUGACUAAUAACUUCCUGAUACAAUGUGCAAUCUUUUUUUACCUGGCAUGCUUGUGAGGUAUCCGAGCCUGAACACAACUGCAUUGAAAUAUUACCCAUUAGGCCUGGUCCCCCUAGUGGGAACAAGAAACACCUUUUUUUUACGAGAAAGGCUCCUCCUCAUCGGGAAAUAAAUCAAUUGUUCUCAAAUCUGCAUCAGGGGAGCCUUAAGGCCCAAGUACACUGCAUGCGUGAUCGUUGCGGUUCCGGUCCGGUUCAGUGUUGCCUGCGUGCAACGCAGUCCGUCAAAAACAGGCAAAUCAUACCGACUGCUGCACGGCUGCGGUCCGCCAACUCCGUCCCCUCGUGAGCUCUCGCGUGAUCGCGCGCGAUAAUGUGCCAUUUAAAUCAACGACAAACACACGGAGUCUGUAGUAUGUACUCAUCAGAGAAGCAGAGAGAGAGAGCACAUUUUUUCCCUUGCAUAUUGAUAAUGUAACGUUUGCUAAGCGGAAGUUUGGACACGAAAACAACACACGAGCUUCAACGCCUUUUUCCUCUUUUUCUUUAUUAACUUCCCGCCACCUCACC